ACUAAAUAAUAUUGGUAUCUUAUUUCUAAUUAAAUUUCUUAAUAAAAAUUUCUUAUUAAAAUCUAAAGAACUAUGAGCGAAGAUUAAAAUACAAAUGUAAGUUGUUUAACUUGUUAGAGUUAAUAUAAAAAAGAUCGCAUCUGCAUUUCUAAGUAGUGUGAUGAAUAAUACCUUAAAUAUAUCUGCAAAAUGUGUCAUUAUGACUAACACAAAUCUUAAGGAAGAUUAAAAACUUCUGAAUUAGAUAUUGAUAUUUUAAAAAAAGACAUUGGAGAUCUUUUAAAAAAUUAGAUGGAUUAAAAUUAAGAAGAAGAAAAACUCUACAAUUAUUCAAAAUAAAUUAGAGUAAAAAUAUAAGAAUCUAUAAAAUGCUUAGAAAAGUAUGAUAAAUAACUUGAAGAAUAUUAAAAUAGGUAUAAAGAUUCAUAUGAAAAACUUAAAAAUUCUUUUGAAGAUUUAGAUAAAAAAGAUGAUUUAGAAUUAUAAUAAUCAAUUUAUAGCUUAUUUGAAAUAGUUAAAUUAUGUGAAAGUGAUGAUAAUAACAAGACUGCAGGAUUUUGGAAAGUUGAUAGAUCUUUUAACAAAGAUAAUUUAGUCUAAGUUAGCUAAAUUUGUGAAAUUUCAAAUUAUAUAAGUAGAUUCACUGAUUUCGAAAAAAUUGAAAGUAUUUCAUAAGAGAUAAUCAAUAUAAAUAGAAACACACAAGAUAACGAAUAAUUAAACUAAUAACUAUCUGAUAAUAAAAAAUAAAUAAAUUUAUUAAAUGUAGAAUAUAAAAAAUAGUUAAUAAUUAAUGAGUGUAAUAAACUUGUUUAAGGAAUAACUAAAUAUUUCACAAAUUGGUUUGGCUUUGAUUACAUCAAAAUAGAAAGAUUAAAUUGCACUAAAUGUUAAUCUUUUUAUUAUAUGAUUGAAAAUAGCUAUUAUUAAAACUAUGGGAAAAGUAGCAAUCCAGAUUUAUGCAAUAAUUGUACACCAUAAUAUCGAGAAAGUAGUGAUCCAGAAGGGACAAGUACAUUUUAUUAUUAUGGACAUUAAAGGAAUUCAGCUUGGAUAAAAACAAGAAACGCAUAAGACUUAUAUAAUUACUAUACAAAAAUGCUUGAAAUAAUAAACAAUAGAAAAGAAUUAUAAGAUAAAGAUGCUUAAUCAUAAGAAGCUGAGUGUUUUUAUGAAAUUAAAAAUUGA